UUUUCUGGUUUUAUUUUUCCUUGCUGUGAGCGGUGCAUUUCAUCACGCUAAUCAGCAUGGGAUCCUUGGUUUGAGAUUAGCUCCAUAUCGAUGCUAGAGCUGGAAUUUAAUCGAGCCGAGUGUAGUGGAGGUGAAACUUCCUCAACUCAUCGUUCUAGACGCCCAAGCCUUCCCUCUUUACAAAUUCCACCAAGAUCUGUAGAGAAUACUCAAAUUAACUCAGCAAAGAUAAAUAUUCCUUCUUCAAUAACACCUAAUUCAACAAGACCGGGGUUGCCACCCAGGCCUUCUUCAUCAAGGCCGAAACCAGUGGUGAGAAAUCUUCUUCCCCAAUGGAGUCUUAAGACUAAGAAUUCCACUCUAGAAGGUGACAAAGCAAAUUUGCUCUCACCAUCGCCCCCAUCAGCACCAUCACAGGGGCAACAGGAUAAAAGUUCUAUAGCAAGGGCAUUCUCUUUAACCAAGGUAUUGUCUUCCAUAUCGCUAAAAGGAACACUCUCAUUACCGGCAACACCUGUUGGAAAUUCAGGAUCAGAGUCUUCACAGGAAAGACAUGUGAUUGAUUCCUGCUCCAGAUAAACCACUAUCCCGGAAACAUAUUACGCGGUCACUUUCAGUGCCAGCGAAUGCCAAGGUUAGGAUUUUACGAAGAGCGGAUUCAUUAGGUUUGAUACGUGUGAUCCCAACACCUCGUCCCGUUGUUGUUGAUAAUGCUAUGGAAAGUGAAAUUAUUGAAGCUGGUCAUGCUGAUGAUGAAGGUGAAGAUAUUCCUGAAGAAGAGGCUGUUUGCAGGAUAUGCUUAUGUGAGCUUGGGGAAGGAGGGGAAACUUUUAAGAUGGAGUGUAGCUGCAAAGGAGAACUUGCACUUGCUCACAAAGAAUGUACAAUAAAAUGGUUCAGCAUCAAGGGAAAUAAGACCUGUGAUGUCUGCAAGCAAGAAGUGGAAAAUCUUCCUGUAACAUUACUGAGAUUGCAAAAUCAUCAGACUGCUAAUAGAAGGGCAUCAAAUACUUUUCAAGAAAGAGAACCUUCUCGUUACAGGAUCUGGCAGGACAUUCCUGUUCUUGUCAUGGUCAGCAUGCUUGCAUACUUCUGCUUUUUGGAGCAACUUUUGGUUGGUGAUAUGGGCUCACGUGCUCUUGCAGUAUCUCUUCCAUUCUCUUGUGUGUUGGGUCUACUCUCAUCCAUGAUAGCUUCCACAAUGGUCAGCAAGGGCUACAUCUGGUCUUAUGCUUCCUUCCAGUUUGCCACUGUUAUCCUCUUUGCUCAUAUUUUUUACAAACUGCUUAAAGUUGCUGCUGUGCUCUCCGUACUACUUUCAUCAUUCACUGGAUUUGGGAUUGCAAUCAGUACAAGUUCUUUGCUUGUGGAAUAUUUAAGAUGGCAAGCUAGGAGAAAUCAUAGAUUGACACAACAGCAGAAUAAUCAUGCUCAACAGCAAUCAAAUACAGACAAUGUUAACAUUGAAUCGGAACAUGCAGAAAAUAAUCAGCAGCAAGAAGCUGUGAGCCAGAACCAGAAUACGAGUUCUUCACUUCAUAACUGAACUUCUGAAACUGUUUUCAGCUAUGGAUAUUGGCUACCGGCCAACAACAAUGUACGGGGUGAAGCUUUGUUAUAGUCUAGUCUCUAUACUGUCAUUGAGGCAGCUGAGGAAGCUGCUGUGGGCAGAUACAUGAUAUUGAAAUAAACUUUAACUGGCAGGCCUUCUGGUAGGAUUUGUAAAGGGUCAGUGGUGUGCAAAGCAUGUAAAUUCUUAGCCAAGUUUGUAUGCUCACUAUGGUUAAACAUGUAAUUCCUUCGUGAGAAAACGCUUUUUUUUUUUUUUUUGGUUUAAUUUUAUGUGCAAUGUAUAAUUAAUGUCAGUUUUGAAGUAUUCUCUCUUAGCUAUA